GUCUUGUCAAAAUUAAUAGGUUAAUUUAUUUUAGCUAGUUAAGAGGUGUUUCUGCCGAUUUAACGUAAUUUAGUAAAUAUUAAAUACAGUAAAACUAUUGCAAAAUGUUAAAAUCCAUUCAAGAAUUCAUUAAAUAUUGGUACUUCCGAUAUCUUGUCGUAACAGAACUUUAUAUGGUUGAAAAAUGGGAAAGAGCCAUGUUUCAUAUUGUUUUGUUUCUAGUCCUUUCGGUUUUGUACAUUUUUAACACUACUGUAGUAGUAGGAUUGGUCAGGACGGCGACCGGAUGGAUAUUUAUGAGGGAUGUGAUGAAGAUCGAUGAUGAUAUAAUUAAUGAGCCAAUCAAAAAUUUAUAAUAUAUUUAGUUUUUAUUUUUAUGCGCAAGGUUUUUAUUGUUUAAUUGUAAAAAAAAUCUGUUUGUUAUGAACCAAAAGUCUGAAUUAUGGAGAAUAGAACUACAUAAAAUUAUGAAUAACUAAUUUAUAAAAAAUUUUAGGAAUCACAAGUAUGUUUUGUAUAGAAUAUUGAAGAAAUGGUUAUAAAAAAAUAU